CCAGAAUGCUAGGUUUUGUAGUCGUAUCAAAUCUCAAAGUACACAAACAACUUGGCUUCACUUUGGAACACAUGGCUACGGUGCUACAGGGAAAUGAAAACAAAGUUUUGGUAACGUUAGCCAAGUAGUUAUCUUGAAAAAUUACUUCUACACUUGUUGGAAACUGAUGAAAUGCCAGUAUUGAAGUUUGUUUGACAAAAAAAGGUGCCUUGGUUGAAGAUGGAUGCAGUUCCUUGCACUUGGAACACUACAAGAGUUCAGGAGUCGUUUGCUCGGACUAAGCCUGCAUCAGACGCUCUAACAAAGCUGGCAAAACUUGUGGCACAAAAGCAAGAGAGUCAAAGCCAAAACCAACUACUGCCUGAUGUGUCCCCAUGUGUGUGCGCAGAGUGCGGCCAGGGAUUCUCUGACAUGGCCGAGUUAUUGCACCACCAACAGGGAGAACAUGCCUUACGUAAGCGUCACCGAUGCCUUUCCUGUGGCAAGGAGUUUUCUCUCCUAUCCUCUUUGCAGUUGCACAAGUGCAUUCAGGAUGCAGCCCCUUGUCAGCUCUGUUGUGGCAAACCUCAGCUAGGUGCUCCAUGCAGUGCGUGCAAGGCGUCAACCUCAGACUCUCAGAGUGUCAAGGAUAAGUCUCUCCAUCACCAGUCCCACCAUCAUGAUAGCAGAUCCUAUGCCUGUGCUCCGUGUGGUAAAAGCUUUAGCCAAAAGCAAGCGUUGCUUCACCAUCAGCAGGCUGGCUGCAGUAAAUCUGCCUCACGAACUGCGAAGGUUGCCAGCCCUCCAGCUGACUCUCCCUCGCCUGAAUCUACCCUCUCUGACUCUUCUCCCCCUGACUCUCCCACCUCGGACUCUCCUUCCCAUGAUGCCACUAGUGCCCCAGAUCCUGACAGGCCAAGCCAAUGCCCACUUUGCCCCAAGAGCUUUCGCUCAGGAGCUGGCCUUGCCUGUCAUCAGCGAUCCACCCAUCAGAAGGAGUGGAGCAUCUCUAAGUAUCUCCCACCAAAAGGAGGAGGCACAAAUGGGGUCGAUAGAAUAUCCCAGAAGAAGUCUGGGCCACCCCAACCCAAAGGAAGAGGGAGGAAGCAGGCAAAUGGAAAAUCCAAGCAGAGGAGCCAACUUCUCUCCUGUCGUUCCUGUGAUAGGGUCUUCCUAAGCACUGCCAAACUCUACUUGCACAGACAAGAGUCCCACAGCAGAGAGAAGGAUAUCAGAAGAGAUCCAAGGCCGCUGAUUAGCAAGCGGAGGAAAAGAGAGACUUACCCAUGUGAAGUUUGUGGUAAAGUGUUCUUGCACCACUUGUCACUUAAGGCACACGUCAAGAACCAUAGUCAAGAACCACCAUGCCAAGUUCAGCAGGUUGGGAAAGCAGCCAAGGAGCCCAAGUUAGCUGAGAAGAUGCCAAAAAAGCCAAAAAGCAACCUAGCAAGGAAGAUUGGAGGAACAUCGGUCAAGGCUGGCAGAGGGAGACCAAAGAAAAUUCCCAUGAAAGAGGAAGAGGGAGAGUUUCCUUGCCCGUCUUGUGCUGAGGUGUUUUCUUUGCAGUCUGCCCUGAAGGAGCAUGAGGAGCUGCAUCAGCCUACAGGGAGUAUGAGACACUGCAGCGUGUGCAGUCAGGGCAUGGGUAUUUCUAAGAAGCCUGGGGCCAAGCUUCGGAGGGCCUACCACUGUGUGCCCUGCCUGAAGGCUUUUGGAACACUGGACACUUUCUUACAACACUGCCAAGAUCACCUCGUUGUCAGUGGCGUUGAGGAAGGGAGCUAUUCAGACACUGAUGGCAAAAUCUGAGAUUAUGUACUCCUCCUUCGUUUUUUUUAACAAGCUGUACUGAGUUCCCAAGAGAAUAUUAUGUGUACAUGUAGAUUUUAAAGUGUGAUAUAUUUAGACCACUCACCAGAAUAGCUGUUUGGAUGUCAUUCAUAUCAACAUGCCAUUCAAGUUGCAACAAUUUUAUUUCCCCAUGUUUUUGUGCUGUCUGAUACCAUUUGUGACAGGCGUUUUAUAUCCCAUCACAAAUUGUUAUCGGUUCCAAACAUCCUUGUUGAUUUGGUUGAAAUGAAAUUAAUAUACGCGAGAACUAAUUUAGCAUGUUGCUGGAGCAUUAACAUAUAAUAUUACAUUUUUAUAAACAACCCAAUUAAACUUCAACAAAUCUGGGUUGCAAUAUUAACUGGGCUGUUACAAAUAAUAAGAUGUGGUUUCAAAAAGCUUUUAAUAAAGUAUUUUUUUAAUGUAACAUUGCAGUUGGAAUGGAGAGUGAUAUAGUAUACUAUAUAUAAUAUUGACAGGUUUUGAUUUGAUUACUCAAAUGAAGACCAUAUUUCCAUUUAAUGUGAUUUUUUAUUUUUUUUUCAAAUCUUGAUGGCGUUGUACUUGUAAGUGUGACACUGAUUUAGCAUCAAUUUCAUUAUGAUUUACCUCUGUGUGUGAGAGAGAGAGAGAUGCAUACUCAUGGAGCCACUUAAGGCAGUCUUUAACAAUAUGACAGAGGUUCAUUUUCUCUGGAAGAAGUUUUGUCUUGGAUAUUAUUAUGCAAAACAAGCAGCGAUAGCAACCUUCCUGCUAUUGUUUGUUAACAAUUGGUGUACCAGGUUAUCCAUUUUCUGCUGUUUUGUAAAAAAUUAAAUAAAUACAUAAAAGAAAGUCAUAAAUGUUUUUUUGUUUUGUUUUUUUUAAGGAUUUUAGGUUUCUACUUAGGAAAGUGCCUUUGUAUCUGAG